CUGAUGAUCAGGACUAGUCCACGGGAGAGGUAGAACUCUCCAAUCUAAAAGUCUUAUUCGUUAAGUCUUUCUUUGGCUUACAGGAUACAUAUAUAUGCUUCAGCGAGUCCUAAACCUAACUAGAGACGGUAUGUACAAUUACAGUUUGGUAUACAUAGUUUCACAGAUCAACAACCUCACCCACGAGGAGUUCAAGAACAACUACCUCGGCCUCAAGCCAGUCAACACGAGAAGGGACACGGUCAACGACGACGUGUCUUCGUCGUCGUCAGCGGUGGAGAUCAGCAGCAGCAUUCCCAAGGCGGUGGACUAGAGAAAGAAGGAGGCGGUCACCCCCCGUGAAGAACCAAGGGUCGUGCGGCAGCUGCUGGGCCUUCUCCACCGUCGCGGCCGUCGAAGGGAUCAACCAAAUCGUGACGGGGAACCUGACGGCGUUAUCAGAGCAGGAGCUCAUCGACUGCAACACGGGUUACAACAACGCGUGUAACGGCGGCCUCAUGGACUACGCUUUCGCCUACAUCGCAUCCACCGGUGGGCUCCACAAGGAGGAGGAUUACCCUUACGCCAUGGAAGAAGGCACCUGCGAGAUGACCAAGGCGGCGGAUGCUGAGGUGGUGACGAUCAGUGGGUACAAGGACGUGCCGGCCAACAACGAGCAGAGCCUGUUGAAGGCGCUGGCCAACCAGCCGCUGAGCAUGGUGAUUGACGCCUCCGGGAGGGACUUCCAGUUCUACAGCGGGGGUGUGUUCGAUGGGCACUGUGGGACGAGCUUGGACCACGGGGUGGCGGCAGUCGGGUACGGGUCGGGCGGGAAGGGGCUGGACCACGUGAUCGUGAAGAACUCAUGGGGGCCCAAAUGGGGGGAGAAGGGCUUCAUACGGAUGAAGAGGAACACCGGCAAGCCUGAGGGGAUGUGUGGGCUUUACAAAAUGGCUUCCUACCCUACCAAAUCCAAAUGAUUACCCAUGCAUUGUUUCCUUCAUCAACACUUCCCCAUUUCCUAGCUUUUUCACCCUUUUAAAACAAUAAUAAUGAUUAACACUGCUGCUUUCCGAUCAUUUUCAUCUCAAUUUACUUCAAGAUGAGUCACCAUGUUAUAGGUCAGUGACAUGCAUGCCUAUACGUCGGUGCAUGUGGUGGUGUGCUCUCUGAAUUAUUAAGCGAAGGAUUUAUUUGGUUUAAUGCUGAUGCUCUUUUUUAUUUCUGCAAAAUGAAAGAAAAACACUAAAUUUACAUCCGAUCCAUACCAAAAAAAAAACUAA